UUCAGUGGCAGCAUUUUGUAUCGUAUGUAAACUGAUCGAUUUGGUGGAUCAUCUUUCUUUUAAAAAUUCAAUGUUGACCAUAUGAACCCUACCCUUUCACCCGUCUGUUCACCAUGGCAACCACCACAGUUGGAGAAAAUCAGCUCCAGAGGAUUAUUAGAGAUCUACAUGAUGCAGUUUCUGAGUUGAGUAAGGAACACACUGAGAAUCAAGAACCCAUCACAGAUGACAGCACCAGUCUACACAAGUUCUCAUACAAACUGGAGUACUUACUGCAAUUUGACCAGAAAGAAAAGACAACAUUUCUGGGCACCAGAAAAGACUACUGGGACUUUUUUUGUGACUGCCUGGCCAAGAUAAAAGGAGCUAAUGACGGUAUCCGCUUUGUCAAGUCUAUCCCCGAGCUGAAGACAUCCCUGGGUAAAGGCAGAGCUUUCAUCCGUUACUGCCUGGUACACCAGAGACUGGCAGAUACCCUUCAGCAGUGUCUUAUGAACCAGCGAGCCACCAGUGACUGGUACUAUGCCCGUAGUCCCUUCCUGAAGUCUCACCUGAAUGUUGAAAUCGUCAAUCACCUUUAUGAGCUCAAUGAGGUGCAGUUUGAUCUGGCAUCGAGAGGCUAUGACCUAGACACGGACUGGCCAGCUUUUGCCAGAAGGACCCUGGGAUCAUCUGUAUCACCAGCUCAGCAGUGGAGAGCACUUAGCCGAUGCUCCAGUGUCAACAGUUUAGCCAGUAGUUAUUCUCAACAACCUCCAGAGUUCCUCCCUGGGCCAGACCUUGGUUCCAGUCUCCUCGGUGAUCGAGGGGAGCUCGGAGAGCUCUCAAACUUUAAUGCUGCUGAUGAUUUGCGUAUUGAGCUCGACCAGUCAGAGCUGAGGCAGCAAGACCUCCAGAAACGUGUUAAUCUGCUCACUGAGGAAGCAGCACAUCUGAAACGUGUGGUCAAGGAUCUGGAGGAACAGCUGCUGGUAUCUAAGAGAGCCAAUCAAGAGCUGCUUAAAGAAAAGAGCAAAGACAAUCAGUUCUCUGACACAAAGAAAAAAUUAAUUGGGGAGCGAGCUAACGGACAGUGUGCAGUGCGGCUCCAAGCUACCACGCAAGAACUGGAGGCCCUUCGGCUCAAGGAGGCAUCAGAACGGCAUCUAGAGAACAGACUGAGUGUUGCGGAGAACAAGAACAUGGAGCUUCUGGCAAAGCUGGAUGAGGCACUCAGUGAGAAAGGCCAGCAGGUAGCCACCUACUGUGAUACAGCCUGGAAGAUCCAAGAUCUGCUUGCCAAGCUCAAGAAAGCUGAGGAGGAGAAGCUGGAGGCCCAGCGUGAGAGUGAGGAACGGGCCAGGCAGGCUGAGAAGCUUGCCCAGGACCUCAGAACGCAGGAGGAAAGCUUGAAGGAGAAUGAAGCAAAACUGGCCACAUUUAGGGUGUCAACAGAGGAAGACAGGGCAGCGGCUCUGCAGCAGGUUGAGGAACUUCAGUCUGCUGUAAACCGCCUUCAGGGUGCAUUGUCUCUAAAGGAGCGGGAGACGGAAAACCUAUGCACACAGCUUCAGGAUAUACAGAACUCUGUGGAGAUGCGGGAGCAUCAACUGGAGGAGUUGAAAAUUAGGGUGCAAGAGGAACGAGAGGAACAUCAGCAAAAGAGCAGUAAUCUGAAGAAUGCUCUAGAAGGCCAGCUUCACUCUCUUCAGGAGAAGUUAAAUGACAGAGAGACUGAGCUGUCACUCAGCACUCAGAAGGUUAAGCAACUAGAGCAUCAGAAUCAGCGUUUGGCUGGAGAGAGCCAGAGUUUGAUGGAACAAGCCAAAAGGUUGGAAGACUACAAAGCUCAGUGUACCAGCCUGAUGGAGAUCAAUGCCAAGCUCCUCCAGACGGUGAAGAGGAAUGAGGAGAGCAGCAGGGAGCUCAUACAGACCCAGACAGCCAUGGAGAAAGAGCUGGCUACCCUUAGAGCCUCUGAGAGACACCUGAAGAGCAGGCUGGACUCAGCAGAACUGUCAGUUGAGGAGAGAGAGAAAAAGCUACUUGAGGAGAACCAGCGUUUGGAAGAGAGCCUCCAGACAGCGCUACUGAAAAAUGAGACAAUGGAGGCAGGGGUAAGGAAGCUGGAGGUGGAAAACCAAGAUCCUAGAGAUAAGCAGGUAGCUGAAAUGGAUCAGCAAGCGGCCAGCCAUGAAGAGCUAGAGGGAAGCCCUGCUUCCAAGGAGAAUCUGCAGGAGUCUCAGAUGAACACUAACUCUCAGCUUGAGGGUCAGGUGCUUGAGACAGUGGGAAAGAACCUGGGAUGGAGAAAGGAGUUCAAUAAAACCCAGGGUGCUGAAGUAGGGGAAACAACGUCAAGGCUAGCUCUGGCGGAGGCUCAGCUUGACUUGAAUAUGAAAGAAGUUUCCAGACUACAGGAGGAAGUGACAGGACUACGUGCUCAGCUGCUGGUGAGUGCAGAAGAAAGAAUGAAGAUUCAAGCUCUGCUGGAGGUAACUGAGGCAUCACGUGAGGAUCUCCGGGCACAGACUGAUCAGUUGAAGUGCCAGGUGGAGGACCUGAAUCGCAGGCAUGUGGAGGAACUCUUGCGUUGCCAGGAGAGGGAAGAGUCACUAGGGAAGGAGCGGGACAGGGAAGCCCAAGCGCGAGCAGACCUCCAGGGCGAGAUGGUCUCAAUGAGAGAGGAACUCUGUGCACUAAAGAGACAGAAUGAAGCCCUGGCUCUAGAGAAUAGCGAGGCUCGCGAGGCCCUUCACAGGGCCAACACUGAGACGGCUGAGCUGGGUGUGCAUGUGUGCAUGCUCACUGGCCAGAAUGAGGAGGCAAAGCUUCGCUUUGAGGGUUUGUCGGCCAGGCUGCAGGAGCUGGAGGAGUCCGCGCAAAAAGAUGCACAGAACCUGAACGACAGUGUGGAGAUCCUACGCAAGGAGAACGCCAGCCUUCAGGAGAAGCUGAAGCAGGCUGAGGGACUCCCCACAGCUCUGCAGGAGCUACAGCAGCAGCUGGACCAAGCCCAGGAGAAGUCUACAGGCAUGCAGGAGAGCAGUCAGAAGGAGAUGGAUGCACUCAGAGCCAAACUGAACAAUGAAACCACAGAGUAUGAGGGCAAGAUCAAGGGUCUUGAUGAGGAGAUUAUAAGUUUGAAGUCCCAGUUGGAGGCAGAGCUGCAGAAGAUUUCUAGUCUUGAAACCAAACUUACUGAACUGGAGGAAGCAAACAAUAACUACAGUCAGAUGAUUGAAGAGAAGAACGCACUUGUUGCCAGCUCUGAAAGUCUGCUUCAUCAGAAAGAGGAACAGCUAAAACAAGUGAAAGGGGACUUGGCAAAGGCAGAAGAGGAUUUGGGUAUUGCACAAAAAGCCUGUCAGGACCUUAGUGAGAGCCUGGGUAGAGUUACUGCAGAGAAACAGGUCUGUGACAUGAAGAUGUCUGCUGAGAUUGAUGACUUGUACCGUACCAAGAGAAACUUGGAGGAGAGACUUGUUGAGCUCAUCAGGGACAAAGAUGCACUGUGGCAGAAGUCAGAUGCCCUGGAGUUUGAGCAGAAGCUGAGAGCUGAGGAGCAGACCGAUAAGGAGCUGAACUACUGCCUAGGCUGCCAAAGUCAAUUCAGCUGGUGGCUGCGCAGACAUAACUGCAGGCUCUGUGGCCGCCCCUUCUGUUAUUACUGCUGCAGUCAUACAGUUAGCACUCAGCAGGGAGGCAUCAGAGAGCGAUGCUGUAAGGACUGUUACUCUCAGCACAGCACAGGCGUAGAGCGCCAUCUACAGGAAGAGCAGGGUAGCUCCUCAAAUUCACCCUACAGUCCGCUGUCCACUCCGACAAGGGCGAGUAUGCCCAGUGUAACAGUGGCACUGCAGUCUUCCAGACCAGAUGAUGCAGCCUUUGAUAUCAUCACAGAAGAGGAGGUGAACUGUGUGUAUGACAGCGACUCUUUGUCCUACACCACAGCUCUCUCACCAGACAGAGCACAGCAGGGAGGCAAUGAACUAAACAGCAGUAGUAAUGCAGGGGAUACUACCACAGAGGAUUCAGAGGAGCAGAUUGGCUCUGUGCAGGAUGCAGAGAUCUGCCUGCUCAAGUCUGGAGAGAUCACACAGUCAAUACCUUUGACUGUGCAGGAUAUCGCUCAGUUUGGAGCUAAAUCAAAGGAACUGUUUAUCAAGUCCAGCUGCUACAGUAUGAUUCCUGUCACAGUGGGUAACGCCGGCCCUUCAAUUAGCUGGGUUUUCUCCUCGGAGCCUAAAAGCAUUUCCUUCAGUGUGGUGUACAGAGAGAACUCAGAUACACCACUGGAACAAGCCAAGGUGCUUAUCCCAUUGACAAGAUGUAAUUCCCAUAAGCAAACUAUAGAGGGACAGCUGAAAGUACGAAACCCUGGAGAGUACACUCUCAUCUUCGACAACUCCUUCUCCAGAUUCAUCUCUAAAAAAGUGCAGUAUCGCCUGAGUGUGGAUCAGCCAGGGAUCUAAGACGGCAGUGAUUGUGCAUAAACAGAGAACAUUCGUCACUUAGCUUCCCCUCCUCUAUCCAUCUGUCUUUGUGAGAGACAGAGAAUUGCAAACCAGCCUGUGGAUUUUACAGAGAGCACUGGCAGUGGAUGUAACCAGACUUCUGCACACUCACAGUAUUCUGAAAGUCACACUCAGCCCCUUUUUCAUGGAACAAAGAUGUGACAUAAGGCCACACCCCUCAGUGCUGUGCUUUAAAGGGCAUUGUGUCACUGUACUGCAUGAAUUGUGUGUCUCUGGUGGCUUUUCACUGGAUGUUCUAAAAGAAAAGUAACUAUUUGCUUUCUAAAGCACUUAUAAAACAUGGACUGUGUACUUAGUAACGCUUUAAAGACAUUGUAGAUAAACUGAAGGCGAAUCAGGGUUCAACAAUUUAAACAUGCACUACAAUGAAUGCUAAACUGUAGAAUUGUCUCAUUGCACAAAGGAAAACUGAAUGUAACAGUAUAUUUGGUGACAUUAAGCUGCAGAGGCCUCUUUGAAAAAAGCACAUGAUGCCUCAGCUAUUUACUUUUGCAUUCUCUUCCUAGCACAUUCUAAAACCUCUUCUCACUAUAUAUUAUACAUAUCUUAUCUAAAUAUUAUAAUUAUGAGCUGUUUGCUGAAUUGGAUGCUGCACAGAUUUGAACUGUGGUGAGCUCAGUUUUGUUGUCAAAUUGAGCUAUGAGUGUAGGUAAAGUACUGAGGCAUUGUACAGGUUUACAUAUAUACAUAGAGAAAUAAGUAACUUUCCCAAAAUGAAAAUUAUAAGUGGGCAUACCCUCUGCAAGGGAAAGGUGAGAUUUAUCAAUGUAUCCUGCAAGAAAAUGCUGUUGAAUGAUUUGUGGACGUAGGUGAAUAGGCAGUGUAGUAAGAGAACCUCAUUUUCCUGGCAGUCUCAUUCUUUACAACUAACAGUGCAUUUACAUUCAGCUGAUGCAGAGCAAAAAUUCAUAGGCAAUAUUUCAGCCACUGAUAUUUUUACAUUCUGUUCAAAUAUGACUUUAGCGUUUAUUUAUAACUCGAAGCAGUACAUCAUUGAGAGCGUCUAGCUGCCAGACCCUUCUCUAAAUCAAGCAACGGCGGUUAUUUAAUGAAAAUUUCAGCUUGCAUAUCAUUAAACUUUUUUGUAUAAGAUUAAAACCUCUGAUAAAGUUUUUAAAUUCAAUUUUACAAAAUAAUGCACUUUUUAGGGAUGUCUCUUUGAGCUGAGUAUGGCACAGUUAUACUCAGUUUUCAUGAAGGUACUGUAAUCCUCUGGUUAACAUUUCCAUAGUCUAUGCACUGUCUAAAUACAAUACUGUAAAU